AUGGUACUGGUAGACAGCGCCGGGCGGCGCGAUCCGGCCGUGCGCAACAAGAAGCAAGUGGCACGAGACUCCCUAUGCGCGGUACUAUGUGAUGACUCGUCGCUGCAGAAGUCAGCCGCCCUCACUCUGGCCCGCGCAUCGGCAACGGAAAGUAAGUGCAGGCUUAUACCCCGCUUAUGUCUUACAGGCGCUUCUCUGGAGGUGUUGCUGAGCCUGGUUCGAGGGGAGCUGCCGAACUGUAUGCCGUCGUUUAGCAUAUCCAAGUCGCUCUUUCUCCCCAAGACGCGCUGGCUGGACGGGUCCGGGAUUUUCCCCUCGGAGGACGAGGAAGUUGGCGUUAACACGCUUAGAGAGUGUAUGCAGAGCCCGGAGGCGUGGGAGAGGGCCAGGGUGAUAGCGCUGCGAGCGCUGCUCGUGCACCGCGGCGCUGACCCGACGGCACUGGAGGAGCUGCUCCCGCACGUCGUGGUCGGCGUAAAGCCGGAGUCGAAAAAACAGGUCACGUACUGCCGCGAAACCGCAGUGGCGCUCGCUGUGGCGUUUGCCGAGGCCAUACCCGAUGGAGACAGCUUCGAAUUCGCCGUGCUGCAGAUGACGCUGGUGAAUGAGGAGGUCAAAAUCCCGAUUUUGCAGACAGUGAUUGAGCGUGCGAUGAGCGAGCAUGCGCUGCUGCCCAGAGUCCUGAAGCUGCUGAAGCGCAUGAUGAACACCGAAAGCGCAACGCCCGCUUUCGACCUUGUAGGUGACGCGCCGCGAUCACCAUCGCUCUCGGUUUUCGCAAUGGCGCAUUUGUGCACGAUCAACGCGCAGUGUUUGGCCAGCGCGGUACCGCGGGCGUUGCAGGUGAUUGACUUCCACGCUGCCGACUGCGCCGGGCUGCGCCUCAUGUGCCUCCUGGUAUGCGCAGUGCGCCUCGGCGAUAUCAAGUCGGUGACCAUACGGCGCAACUACGUAAGGUUCAUGCACUCGAAACUGGCAGCGCGAGCGUACGGUGGCUACGCGGAGGACAUUGCCGAAGCGCUGAAGUCGCGGCCCAACGUGAUACGGGUUAUCGUGGACGCCAUUGUGACGACCGUAUAUACGGUCACCAGGAACUCGCAGCCGGUGUACGAGCUCGUGGCUAUGGUCAGCGCGCUUCUUGAGCUUAUUCUGGCGGCGGCACCUGCCGCGGCGGAACAGACACCGGACAUGAAGCUGCCCGCAGCCGCGCUCGACGUGGCAAGCUUGUUGAAGGUGCGGGCCCUUGUUUCGCACCUCACGCAUUGCGGAAUAUCAAUCGAAAACGACCAAAGGUUGGAUCCCCUGUUAGCGUCCAUUGCGCAGGCGGUGGCAGACGACGGGAUAUUUGCGUAUGCGAGCAGAUUCGACUUCUCCGCGCAAUUCGUCAUCGAAGAGGCGCACAUUUGGGGCGAUAUCGCAGCAAUGUGUGGGGAAGAUCAUGGAUUAGGGUUGUUCAAUGCAGUCAAGGCAAGAGUGCAAUCGGCUAGCGAUAUCGUCUGGACGUUCAACACCCUCCAGCGGUUAUAUGUGGGCGUGGCGGUUAUGAGGGACACGGAGCUCGUCACCGACUCUCCGGACGUGCACGGCGCAGUGGUGCACAUCAGGGAGGGCUGGUGUUUGCGGGAUGCGAUCAAGGUGGCGCUGGCCACUUUGACUCUGAACGUCAGCGCCCAUGCGGCGGCGCUGGCGUACAUCGCUGCAAUUGCAGCACGCAACAACGAGGAGGCGCUUUUCUUCGUUUCAGCGCUGGUGGAUUCGACGUUGUUCCUGCUGCGGAACGCGGCAGUGUUGCCGUGGGAGGUGGCUUUCAAGAUGGUGGAGAUGAACAUCGUGAUGCUCGCACGGUUGUCGCGACACAGGCUCGCACUGCCCAUUGUGUUCAGCGCAUUCAGGUACCUGUUCGGGCACCAACUGAUGCAGCUGUGCCGUGAUGGGGUCCCGCAAUUCUACCGCUUCGACGCGCGCUGGAGAUGCCUCCUGCUGUGCCACAGCGACAUCCCCGCUGCAAAGGUGGUGGACAGCCCCACGACAGAAAGGCUGCAGGCAAUGACACCGCGUGACAGAGAGGUGUACAUGAUAGUGUUCCGCUCCUUGUGCAAGUACCGCCCGGAGGACGCACUCAAGUACGUCAACGACCUUGGCGAGCUAUUUGCCGAGUACCCAGUCAUGGCCAUAGACGGGUGCACGCGCAUGUGCAAAAACGACGUGAUGGACUUCGGCAUCGCAUACCGGGUAUACGUCGCGUCACUGAUGCAGGCCAACUUCACCAACACGGCCGUCGUCGGGGCCGUGGGCAGCUUUUUCUGCGAGUACCUGAAGCUGGUCAGCAUGCGAAUACAAGGGCAAGUGAACGAUGAGGACGUAGACGACCUGAACCUCAUAAUGAUCAACUUGCUGCAGCUCGCGGCGCUGAACGAUCUGCACGGGGUCACCGCGAUAGCAGCGCUGCUCAAGUCGCCACUCUGGACUAAGCUGCAGACACUCCGGAACUGGCAUAUCAACAAAGAGUGCGGCUGCUACUCGCUGCUGGACCGAAUCAAGAAAAGUCAAUUGAAGUGUACAUUCUCAAAGCUGGAUUACAGGUUCUUCGAGUUCGAUUUCACGGCGUUCAUAGGCGCCGAAGCGGGCGAAGAGGGCAGCGACCCGGCGAGCACGCACGGGCAUAGUUUGCUCAUAUCCGCCGUCAUAGACGCAGAGAGUGAAGCCACGAGUAGAGCGACGUUGCUGUCCCGCAGAAAUGAUGCCGUUCUAGGGUUUAACCGCGAAAUACGCCGGGUGACUCGUGAGAUGCUGAGGUCGCUGGGGUUCUCCAAGCCUACCAUCAGCUCGUUCAGGUUCAUCCUCGAAUCUGACGACAUGGACUCACGCGACUCCAUGGCUGAAUUAGGGGCGGCGGCAUGCGUGCUCCCGAUGCAGGGAGCUGAGAUCGGCAUCGCAAACAUCCGGUUGUUGCACCUCCCCGCAUUGUUCAACCUAUACGGCCUCAUCAUUGGCAAGAGGCAGUUCAACCACGAGGUCGUUUGCGACAACGCGUACGAAAGUGUAGUGGAGAGUGGGAGCGCUAUGGGCGGGAAAGUCCUUGGUGGCAUGGCGCUGCUCGUGAACAUGCCCAACAACGCCCGCAGCGCCAUGCUGGUCACGCACAUGCUUCUACACCUCAAGGAGAUGGGCGAGUCCAUCAACGCCACGCAGAGCGAUAUCGACCCUCUGAGUUGUGAGCAGACCGUGCUGUACGCAUUUGCGCUUGCGUACAUGCACUGCCAACAUUGCGUGGUCACGGAAUUCCCGCUGGUCAUACUGGAGCUCCUGCGCUCCGCGUUGCCCAAGUUAAACGUAUAUGCGGCACUCGCCGACAUGCUAUGCCUCGUGCUGGGAUAUGUAUACCGCUACACCAACCUUCAUUUCUACAUAACGGAGGAUGUCUUGACUCUGUUCUCCGACUACCUGGACGCGACUCAGAACCACGUUAGGAUUGGUUGGGUCCUGGGGCUAUGCAACCUUAUUGAGGACGUUCCGCGCGACUCCAUAGGCGUGAUAGAGCCGCUGAUGUCCAGGAUCACAGAGUUGGUUGUGAACGGAGACCUCCCGGAGGCAAAACGCGCACUGCUCGCCGUACCCCUUGUGCAGCAUUGGGCGUUGAAAAAAUGUAACGACAUCGGUUCCGCAAUUGCAAAACUGCUUGUAGAAGUGUGUUCAACAACUCCUACUGACCCCUGCAUUGUGCUGCUCCUGGCGUACUGCCACUACGUAGGUUUUGAACCGCAUGUGGUUGACAAAAACUGCAACUUAGCCGGAUGCGAUAAUUGCCCCGGAAUUGGUGGGGGGAAUCACGCAGAAGUGGGCGGCUGCAAUGAUAAGGAGGGUUGCGCAUGUGACACGAAAGUCGAGCAUGCGUGGGCCGGCAAUGAAGGCGACAACCAGUUUUCUUGCAGCCUCACAGCAGGGAGUAAAGACUCGCAAAGACAGGGUUGUGCCCACGUUUUGUACGGAGAAAACGGCUGUCAUAACUUCGACGAUAAAAGGGGGCAUUAUGUGGGAACGACGGCGUUCUCUGCAGGGGAUGGCAGCCAAGUACCCAAUAGUAUCAAGGAUGGCAACACCGCAGGCGGCGACAGAGUUCCAGACAAGCUACAAGAAACUCUCAUGGGUUCUAUUCGGCUGAAUGUAGCUGCAGACGACGUGGCAAAGGAUCUUCUGAUAGUAGCUGCGAUGCUUUUGCAUGGUUUCCCGUACAUGGCACCACCGCGCAACUCGUGCGCCAGGCGGCUCCUGCGCAACAAGAAUGGCUGGUCGGUGCUGUUCAACGACCUUGUAGCCGCGCUAUCGGCUAUAGCGUACCAGGAGACCGUGGAGGUGACCAUGGCAACGGCGCCCAAGGCCAGCAGGUACAGUCGCUCACGAGGAUCCACGACCCCUGCGACGCAGCAUCCCGUGGCCACUCAAAUGAAGGCCGACGAACCUCAGUGGGGAGACGAGUCCGCUGUUGUGGCGGGUAUACUGCAGCUGACCUUGAUCAAGAGGUUCUUGGCCAACCAGGCGGAACUCGAUUGCUACGAUGAAGACGGCAGUAUCGGCAACACCCUAGCGGAGAUCAGACACAACCCCAACUCGUUCAAACUAUUGAGUGCUCUCACCCUCUGCAAGCCGCUGAAGCUGACGCUGUGGGAUAUAAUAUCGUUCGAGGACACCGAGUGCAGCUGUGAGCGUGAGCUAGUGCUUCGCGUGUACUGCCUGCACGGCCAGAUCAACAGGUCCCUCAUGGAGCACCUAGCAAGUGCAGCGAAGUACUUCGGCUGUUUCGACAGGCAGCUGAAGGUCUCGUUUCUCAACUGCGUGCGCCUGGCCUUCUGGAGCAUUGACUUCAACAGUCUGCGGUUGGUGCUGUCGUACAUCGCAGACUUCGACGAUCUCGACGUGCUGCUCACAAUAGAGACGUUGGUGGAGUCGUGCGUGUACCUCAUGAAGGGGGAAGACGGCGCGGGGCUCAACGGUGAGGAAUUCGCCUCCAAGGUUCUCUCCAAACUACUUCACCCGAUCAUAGUUCAAGUAGUCUCGCGAUCGAGGCGCCACAAAGCCGCUGUCUGCCUGUACCGCAAGGCGAUGCCGUACGUCAAUGUGGAUCAACGUGGAGAGCUGGUGAUGACCGUCAACUCGAGCGACAUCGCGCUCAAGUCACUUCUCUGCGGCGUGUGCGAUGCGGCGGGGGCACCGUUCACUUUCAACGAGUGCUUCGCCCAACUGGUGACGCAGAAUGUAUCGGUGAGCAAUGUGGUGCUCUACUGCUACGUGAAUGUGCACCGCCACAUGGAGGUGAUGCUGCACUGCAUCCACGUUCUCAACGUCAGCACCAACUCCGAGCAGAUCACCCUGGUCUCAUUGGCCCUCAUGGCGCUCGUCGCGGAACGCAACGUGGCGUCCUACCUCCUGGAGCUUGCAUUCGACGGGAAGAAUAUAGAAGCCAACGCCAAACACGAACUACGCCACAUCGCAACCCUCGACGUAUACGAGUUUAUCAGGCUCAACCGGCAGCCCAACCUCUUCUACUACGACACCAUCGACGCGAGGACGCUGGCUAAAAGCGCAAACGUGCCGGCUACCGCGCCUGGUACCUGGAAGAAUUGCGGCCUUGAGGCGACGCCUCUCGGACGACUGCUCCCCAUGGCAAAGGACCGCCACGUGCCCAACUGGCUGCCAAAACUAGGCAACCUCGCCCUGGACCGCAGGAAGCAGUCGCUCAUGCCCAUGGAUCUGCCAGCACGCAAAAUGGUGUCGUCGCUGUCAGAGGUUGGCGCGGAACACCUACUCCUCGAUAACGCCGUGGUGAUCAUGUCGGCCUACAAGGCGCACUUGAUCGAGCGCCACCCGGCGCACCCGGGCCUGCGCGAUAUCAUUGCCUAUUUGAAUACGAGGCUCGCAUGA